AUGUCCCUAGUCGACAGCACUGCAGUGUUCGAAGCCAGAGCAGCGAGCAUUGGUGUCCCUGACGAUGUGGUGGCUGCGAUGGCAUUGAAAGGUUGGGUCAGUCAUGGAACCUACGCAUUUGCUGUUGCAACUCAACCGGGUGCUGACGAGCAGGCUUUUCUGGAUGGGGUCAUAAUCCCAUUGUUGGGUGGGGCAGACCACAUUGCUGCACCCAAGCUGCGUAGACUCUUUUUCGAGUCACACACAUUGACAUCAGCAGAACUUCGUCGCCAAGUUGAUUCCACAGAGCAGGAAGCUCCCAGGAAGUUGCCUGCACCAGAGAUCUCUCAGCGGAUGGAGAUGCUUCAGGCUCGAAUCAGGCCAUUGAUUGUGGCUAACUUCAUGGAGCCGUCCCAUCAUCUGAUCAAUUCAUUGGUGCAAUGUGUGGAGGAUGGCAGGGUCAGGUACAUUGAGUGGUCGCGUUGCACUUCUCGAACCCAGGAAGUCAAUAACAUCAAAGAGGAUGGCGACCUGAAGAUUUGGAAAACUGACAGCACAGGAACUAUCAAGGCCACUACAAAGGAACCAUCUAUUGUGGCUUCAUUGAACACGGAGUUGGACGUCCACAACGCUUUGAGACGUCGAGGGGUUGCCUAUGAGAUUGCACAGGCAAUGACAUUUGAGGUGCACGAGGCCAUCAUCAAUUAUUUUUUCUUUGAGCUCAAGAAGGAUCCUAUGGAGGGAUUUGGACAGGUGACCCUUCAACAAGUUGCUGCCGCAGAUAGGGAAUUGCAUGUGAGAUUAGCAGAGGCUACGAGAGGCGGCUUCAAGACUGGGCCUGCUGGUGAGCUUCCGCUGGACAUCCAUGUGAAACGGAUUUUGGACGGACCUGAGCUCAAAUGGAUGCUCAUGCCAUUGCCAAAAAGAGCUGCAGGAAAGCCCACAACAGACGGUCCAUCCAAGUCCUCGAACGAUGCAGAAUCGAAACGGAACAAAGCAGAGCCGAAUAAGACAAAGCAGGACUCGUUGAAGCUAAAGCGGCUGAAACGAACACCCAUGCCCAAGAAGUUGGUCGGUUGUGUUCCUUGCAAUGACGAAGGUCAGCCUCUGUGUUUUGCGUUCAACCUUGGGACAUGUGCUAGCAGUUCAGAUUGCCCGAAGGGGCUCCACAUGUGUUGCAAGAAAGGCUGCAACAAACGACAUGCGUUUGUGGCUUGCAUAAAUGAAGAAGUUCAACCGGUGGCUGCGUCACGAAAGCGUGGCACAGCCGCUGUCAAAGUGGACGACAGUCGUCCCAGUGAACCGGUGGCAAAGCGAAAGCGCUUAGUCACGGGCUUGCAGCCGCGUGGAGGUCGUGCACCACUUUUGUUGAGUGACUUCAAGUUCAAGAUUGACGUGACCUCUGAGGAUGUGGACAUUCCUUCCCACAUAAGUGAAUCAGUGCACCCUCCAUUCCAGGGCAUUCCUAUCCAUUCAAAGCUGAUUUCUUCUCGAUUAGUUUCUGAAGUGGGGGAUGAGGGCGAGAAGAGAACACGUGUGGUCUCGACCUUUGGAGUUUUCAGGUCUCCUUUCGAAUUCCUGCACAGAGCAAUGACCCUUGAACAUCCGCUUGACACUCCCCACAAUGUGGACAAAUGCAAUUUGAAAGCAAUUUUAUUUAUAAGAGACCACAGUGCGUCAGAGGUUGUACAGUUCAGAGCAAAGCAACUCAAGAAGUACAUGUCACGAGCCGCUCAAAUGAGCGAGGAAGAAUUUCGGUUCAAGGAGACGCUGGAUGUGGACGUAAGACGAGUUUUGGAAGGGAAGAGACUUUUACUUUUUAAGGAGAUGGCCGCUGACGCCAAUGUGGGCGAUGAGACUCUUUUUCAGGAGUUAACGGAAGGUUUCAGGUUGACUGGUGAGAUGCCCCAGUCAAAACAAUUUCCUGCGAAGUUGAAACCUGCGAUGAUCUCAGUUCAACAACUCAGAGAGUCUUCCGUUUGGGCAAAGAAGAUGAUCCACUCCUCUUGCCGUAGGGUCGGUUCAGAUCCUGAGAUUGCGAAGGCUGUGUUUGAAGAGACGCAACAGCAACUGAAGGGACGCGAGCGUAAAGGUAGAGGUGAGCUUUGGUUUGAUAAGCUGCGUCUCACUUUAGUGAUGAGCCUUUAUAAAACCUUGCUCACAGGUGGUGUGCCACCGUCCUCUUCCUUGCGCGUGCUGCGUCUUCUCCUCCGCGUUCGCGUUUCGAAGUUUCGGGAAGAUUGA